AUGGCUAUUUCUAUCACCUUCAUCCCCUUCCUCACCUUCAUCACCUUCAUCCCCUUCCUCACCUUCAUCCCCUUCCUCACCUUCAUCCCCUUCCUCACCUUCAUCACCUUCAUCCCCUUCCUCACCUUCAUCCCCUUCCUCACCUUCAUCCCCUUCCUCACCUUCAUCACCUUCAUCCCCUUCCUCCCCUUCCUCACCUUCAUCCCCUUCCUCACCUUCAUCACCUUCAUCCCCUUCCUCACCUUCAUCCCCUUCCUCACCUUCAUCACCUUCAUCCCCUUCCUCCCCUUCCUCACCUUCAUCCCCUUCCUCCCCUUCCUCACCUUCAUCCCCUUCAUCACUUUCAUCCCCUUCAUCACCUUCCUCCCCUUCCUCACCUUCAUCCCCUUCCUCCCCUUCCUCACCUUCAUCCCCUUCAUCACUUUCAUCCCCUUCAUCACCUUCCUCCCCUUCCUCACCUUCAUCCCCUUCCUCACCUUCAUCACCUUCAUCCCCUUCCUCACCUUCAUCACCUUCAUCCCCUUCCUCACCUUCAUCCCCUUCCUCACCUUCAUCACCUUCAUCCCCUUCCUCACCUUCAUCCCCUUCCUCACCUUCAUCACCUUCAUCCCCUUCCUCCCCUUCCUCACCUUCAUCCCCUUCCUCCCCUUCCUCACCUUCAUCCCCUUCAUCACCUUCAUCCCCUUCAUCACCUUCCUCCCCUUCCUCACCUUCAUCCCCUUCCUCCCCUUCCUCACCUUCAUCCCCUUCAUCACUUUCAUCCCCUUCAUCACCUUCCUCCCCUUCCUCACCUUCAUCACCUUCCUCACCUUCAUCCCCUUCCUCACCUUCAUCACCUUCAUCCCCUUCCUCACCUUCAUCCCCUUCCUCACCUUCAUCACCUUCAUCCCCUUCCUCCCCUUCAUCCCAUUCAUCACCUUCAUCCCCUUCAUCACCUUCCUCCCCUUCAUCACUUUCAUCCCCUUCCUCACCUUCAUCACCUUCAUCCCCUUCCUCACCUUCAUCCCCUUCCUCACCUUCAUCACCUUCAUCCCCUUCCUCACCUUCAUCCCCUUCCUCACCUUCAUCACCUUCAUCCCCUUCCUCACCUUCAUCCCCUUCCUCACCUUCAUCACCUUCAUCCCCUUCCUCCCCUUCCUCACCUUCAUCCCCUUCCUCACCUUCAUCACCUUCAUCCCCUUCCUCCCCUUCCUCACCUUCAUCCCCUUCAUCACCUUCAUCCCCUUCAUCACCUUCCUCACCUUCAUCCCCUUCCUCACCUUCAUCACCUUCAUCCCCUUCCUCCCCUUCCUCACCUUCAUCCCCUUCCUCCCCUUCCUCACCUUCAUCCCCUUCCUCCCCUUCAUCCCAUUCAUCACCUUCAUCCCCUUCAUCACCUUCCUCCCCUUCAUCACUUUCAUCCCCUUCCUCACCUUCAUCACCUUCAUCCCCUUCCUCACCUUCAUCCCCUUCCUCACCUUCAUCACCUUCAUCCCCUUCCUCACCUUCAUCCCCUUCCUCACCUUCAUCACCUUCAUCCCCUUCCUCACCUUCAUCCCCUUCCUCACCUUCAUCACCUUCAUCCCCUUCCUCACCUUCAUCCCCUUCCUCACCUUCAUCACCUCAUCCCCUUCCUCCCCUUCCUCACCUUCAUCCCCUUCCUCCCCUUCCUCACCUUCAUCCCCUUCAUCACUUUCAUCCCCUUCAUCACCUUCCUCCCCUUCCUCACCUUCAUCCCCUUCCUCACCUUCAUCACCUUCAUCCCCUUCCUCACCUUCAUCCCCUUCCUCACCUUCAUCACCUUCAUCCCCUUCCUCACCUUCAUCCCCUUCCUCACCUUCAUCACCUUCAUCCCCUUCCUCCCCUUCCUCACCUUCAUCCCCUUCAUCACCUUCCUCACCUUCAUCCCCUUCCUCACCUUCAUCACCUUCCUCCCCUUCCUCACCUUCAUCCCCUUCCUCCCCUUCAUCCCCUUCCUCCCCUUCCUCACCUUCAUCCCCUUCCUCCCCUUCCUCCCCUUCAUCCCCUUCCUCCCCUUCCUCACCUUCAUCCCCUUCCUCCCCUUCCUCACCUUCAUCCCAUUCAUCACUUUCAUCCCCUUCAUCACUUUCAUCCCCUUCAUCACCUUCAUCCCCUUCAUCACCUUCCUCCCCUUCAUCCCCUUCAUCACCUUCAUCCCCUUCAUCACCCACCGUCGUACCUGUGCUCUCCUCUACAUCUGCAGCGUACCUGUGCAGUGUACCUGUGCUCUCCUCUACGUCUGCAGCGUACCUGUGCAGUGUACCUGUGCUCUCCUCUACGUCUGCAGCGUACCUGUGCUCUCCUCUACGUCUGCAGCGUACCUGUGCUCUCCUCUACGUCUGCAGCGUACCUGUGCUCUCCUCUACGUCUGCAGCGUACCUGUGCUCUGUUGUCGGUCCCGUUGGCAGACAGGAGCAGAAGAAGAGGAGCAGAGGAGGAGGAGCAGAGGAGCAGAGGAAGAGGAGCAGAGGAAGAGGAGCAGAGGAGCAGAGGAAGAGGAGCAGAGGAAGAGGAGCAGAGGAGGAGGAGCAGAGGAGGAGGAGCAGAGGAGCAGGAGAAGAGGAGGAGGAGCAGAGGAAGAGGAGCAGAGGAAGAGGAGCAGAGGAGGAGGAGCAGAGGAGGAGGAGCAUGGGAAGAGGAGCAGAGGAGGAGGAGCAGAGGAAGAGGAGCAGAGGAAGAGGAGCAGAGGAGGAGGAGCAGAGGAAGAGGAGCAGAGGAAGAGGAGCAGAGGAGGAGGAGCAGAGGAAGAGGAGCAGAGGAAGAGGAGCAGAGGAGGAGGAGCAGAGGAAGAGGAGCAGAGGAGGAGGAGCAGAGGAAGAGGAGCAGAGGAAGAGGAGCAGAGGAAGAGGAGCAGAGGAGGUGGAGCACAGGAAGAGGAGCAGAGGAAGAAGAGCAAAGGAGGAGCAGAGGAAGAAGAGCAAAGGAGGAGGAGCAGAGGAAGAAGAGCAAAGGAGGAGGAUGGAGAUGAUUUGA